AUGUCUGACCCAUCGCUCUAUACCAUUGGCUGGAUCUGCGCUAUCGUUCCCGAAUUUGUCGCCGCCAGGCUCUUUCUCGACGAGGUCCACGAAGAGCCUAGGUCGCUGUCUAAAAAUGACAACAACUCGUACAAACUCGGCCGCAUGGGCAAGCACAAUGUCGCGAUCGCGGUUCUUCCCCACGGCGAAUACGGCGAAAGCUCGGCGGCAGUUGUUGCUCGGGAUAUGGUCCGCACAUUUGAGAACAUAAGGGUAGGGCUAAUGGUCGGGAUCGGCGGCGGGGCUCCAAGUCUAGAGAAUGACAUCCGCUUGGGCGAUAUCGUUGUCAGUUCUCCGACGGGUGGCUAUGGCGGUGUACUACAGUACGACUUUGGCAAAUCCGUUGAGGGUGGAAAAUUCGAAAUGACGGGAUUCCUAAAUCAACCGCCAAUUGCUCUCAGGACUGCUCUCAACGCCCUCAUUGCCGAUUUCGAAAUUGAAGGCAACUGGCUUGGAAGCGAUAUCCAAAAGGCUCUCAAAAGCGAAAAUCUCAAACAGAAGUACGGCCGACCAAGUUCCGAGUCCGAUAGACUUUUCCGUAGCAACAUCUCUUACGACGCAAACAAGGCCACAGCUGAUUAUGGCGCUGACGACUUCGUGGACCGCCCGGAACGAUCUCCAGAAUCGGUUCCCGUCGUCCAUCACGGGCUGAUAGCGUCGGCGAACCAGGUGAUGAAAGAUGCAAAUAAGAGGGAUAUAUUGGCAAAGGACAAAAACGUGCUCUGUUUUGAGAUGGAGGCUGCUGGGUUGAUGAACCAUUUUCCCUGUUUGGUAAUUAGAGGUAUCUGCGAUUACUCAGACUCACAUAAAAACAAGCAAUGGCAAGGCUACGCUGCCAUGGCGGCAGCUGCCUUUGCAAAAGCUUUGGUCUGUCGUAUUCCGCGUCAGAGCCUGGAGAAUGAGCAGUCUAUAGCAGAGGGACUUUCUAUCCUGAAAUCAGUCGGAGAAGAUGUCGUCGCCAUCAGAGAUUCAAUCGAUUACGACACCCUCGAGAAAUUGCGCGCGGCUAAAGGCGCCGAAUUCGACAGCUAUCAGAAUCAACACGAGGCAAGAUGCCAUCCAAAUACCAGAGUUAAUGUCUUGCGCGAAAUUGAGCACUGGGCUCAUGAACUCAGAGGGCAGCGGAUCUACUGGCUUAGUGGAAUGGCUGGAACUGGGAAGUCAGUCAUAGCUCGAACAGUCGCUCAUAGCCUGAAUGAGGCAAACCUCCUUGGCGCCACGUUCUUUUUCAAAAGAGGAGAAAGGGACCGCAGCAGUGCAUCUUUGGUUUUCAGCACACUAGCCAAACAACUAGUACGGCGCCGACCUGAGUUGAGCCCUUUCAUAAUAGAGGCAAUCAGACAAACAGACAAUCUCUCCUCCAAAAGCUUGGAAGAGCAGUUCGCCAAGCUCAUCCUUGGCCCACUCAAAAAGUCAGGUUCAAAGUCAGGGAGUUUUCAGAACUUGGUCCUGAUUGUUGAAGCCUUGGAUGAGUGUUCCGAUGAGAAAGACGUUGAAGCUCUGCUAAAUUUACUCUCCAAGGCUGCAAACUCCGACGUUUGUGCCUUAAAGCUUUUCGUUACCAGCAGGCCAGAGAUAGCAAUGCGCGACGCAUUCGAUUCCAUCAAUGGUACAUCAUAUUUGCAGCAUCGACUGCAGGAUACACCGCAUGCGAUUAUCUCUCGGGACAUUGCUUUAUAUCUCCAACAUCAGUUGUCAGAGAUCAGAGCCUGGUGGAACAAAAGAUACAACAAAAUUCCUUCCGAGCAACUGCAAAUGGAUUGGCCAGGGGACGAAAAGAUAAAAGCGCUUGUUGAGAUUGCGAUACCCCUGUUUCUGUUUGCAGCAAUUGCUUGUCGCUUCAUCAGAGACGACCUCUUUGGCAGUCCAGAGGAGCAGCUUCUGAAGCUUAUUCAGGUGGCCAAAGAGGGCGGUGUUCACGAUAAACUCGGAGAGACAUAUCGACCGGUGUUGAGACAAUUCCAGAGCAAACGGAACAAACAAGAACAAAAAUCACUUAUGCAACGGUUCAGAAAAGUCAUUGGUACAAUCAUCCUUCUUGAACAACCGUUGGCAAUCAGCUCCAUUGCCGGCUUGCUAGGGUUGAAGAUUUCAGAGAUCAGUGGCAUACUGAGUCCUCUCAAGUCAGUUCUUGACAUCCCUGAAGAACAAGAGCUGGAGGUGAAGCUCUUCCACCUGUCGUUCCGCGACUUUUUGCUCAGUCCAGUGGCCGGAGACUUUUCUAUCAAUUUCAAGGAAACCCACUGGCAAAUGGCACUUGCUUGCCUGGAUCUCCUCUCGAUAUCUUUGCGUUACAACAUGGCCAACCUCAAACCGGCUGAUCAACGAUCUACGAUAGCAAAUGGCGUAUUGGAGAAACAGCUGCCACCGCAUGUACGAUAUGCUUGCCUUCAUUGGUUUCAUCAUCUAGAACUAGCAGGCAAACCUCUGCAGGACGACGACGCUAUCCACAGAUUUCUUCAAGGCAAAUUCCUCCACUGGCUUGAGGCUCUCAGCAUUCUUGGGGAAGCCGAUUGCGGCACGCGAACACCAGAGAAACUGCUCCCUCUGGUUGAGGUAAGCUAUGCUACAUCCCUCCGGUCGCCGCUUGUCGGCAACGACCCAACGUGCCACUCUAACAAGGAGCAGCCCGAUAGCAGACUCUUUGAAAUUUUAGAGGACGCGGACAGUUUUGUUUCCAAACACGUUUCUGUGCUUGUCGAAUUUCCUCUGCAAAUUUAUUGGUCGGCAUUGGUCUUUUCCCCCACUAGCAGUGCCGUUCGCAACGCUUUCGUCGGUAGUAUCCCAUCAUGCAUUAAGUUCCAAUCCCCUCACAAGUCUGGAUGGGUUCCUCUGGUUCAGAAUGCCGGUCUUGUCAGAAACGAACAAUUCUUCCACGUUGCCAUUUCUCCAGACUCAAGGCUCGUUGCAUUCAGUCAAUCAGGUGAUUCCAUCCUGAUGUGGUCGGUAUCUACGGGCGCCUGUUUGACCGAGAUACCUUGCGGCUCGGACCUGUCUGCUGGGAACGGCGGCCCAAUCGCUUUUUUCAAUGACUCCAAACGGAUUGCAUCGGAACUUCGGGGCAAGAUAUCUAUCUACCUCGCCGAGACUGGCGAGCGUCUCCACGACCUCCGGGUGGACAUAUGGUCCCCCGUGGUACAAAUUGACGUUUCACGCGAUUCAGAGAUGAUUGCAGUCUCUUAUGCCAAUUGUACUGCUGAAAUAUGUACAAUUGCGACGGGACGCAGGCGGGAGCUGUCAAAGGAAGGCUUUCCCAAUCGCAAUGAUCAUGUAAACAAUUCAUCCAUGCCACAAGGACGAUCACUCAUCUGCUUCUCACCGGACUCCCAGUUUGUGGCUACUUCAUCCUGCCAAGAGAUUGAUGUCUGGGAUGUGUCGACAGGUAGUUGUCUACGCACAUUCAACACAAAUGCGUUCGUUUUGUGCCCUCUCUCCUUCGUACCAAAUACGAAUCUUUUGUUAGUUCAGGAGGCUGAGGGAGAAAUCCGAACCUUGGACAUCACUACUGGUCACUGGACUUUUCGGGCGUCGGGAAGAGGGGCUACUCACGGUGACAUAUCCGUGUCCUACGACGCGAGAUUCCUCGCAUAUGAGAGUCCUACGAACAGCAACUCCGUUUCAAUCUCCUCGUUUGAUACCGGCGAACUUUACCAUACGCUAAAUUUCCCUGGAACCCCAGGUGUAGAGUCAACCGGUUCUAGGUUUUCCAAAUCAGCAAUUUUCUCGCCCGAUGGAAAGUUUCUCGUCACAAUGAGGAGGGAUGAGGCAGCCAUCUGGUCAAUGUCAAUGAUCCAGCGGUCAAAAAAGCUCAAGGACGAAACAACUCAAUCGGCCCAGCCUGAAUUCAUGCCGACAAGAUGUUGUUUCAUACAUUGGGACUCUUCUGAAAACUCUCCACAACUAGUCUCGAUGCAUGAGAGCGACGAAGUUAACCUCUGGUCAUCUUACACUGGUGACCUCCUCCAGACAUUGAAAGAUGAGCGUGCCAGGUUCGACAAUGGAACUGCCAUGUUAGCACCCGACUCGAAACAUAUCUUCUUACCUCAUGGACUUUCUAUCCAGACCACUCGAGAAAAAAGAAUUAUUCGAGUGCUCGAAAUUUCGCAAUCAGCCGGUUACGAUCCUGUCCUAGGGAGAGGUUCUGUGAUCUUUUCUGCGGACUCUGGGUCCUUUGCUUUUGGCUCUUUUCAUGACUUUAGCCUCUGGACACUGGAGGAAGGAUUGCAAUUCAGAGACCCUGCUUGCAUCGGCACCCUUAUUACGGUGGCACCUGACUGGAAAUCGGCGGCUUAUAUAGUCGAGGCACCAUCCUUACCCGGCGAGGAGGACAUGUGGGACGAGGCAAACCACAAGAUCAGGUUCUUGAGCAUUGAAACGGGCAAGCACUUCGAUCUGCCCGAAGAAGUGGACAGCUUCAGCGCCCUGGCAAUUUCACCAGACUCGAAAUGGAUAGCCUCGGUACCAGGCCGUAGCGAAGAGCUCACUCUCUGGUCAACAAGCAAGUGCUCCCGCCAAGCCCUCCUCCGUCACGAAACUCGCAUAACUGCCAUUGCUUUCUCAUCGCAGUCGGACCUGCUAGCAUCGGCGGACAAAGCUCAAGAAGUACGGAUUUGGUCGAUGCUUUCGGGGCAAUGUGCACAAGUUCUCAAGGUCGGACGCAGCCUCCUCAGCAUGUCCUUCUCCCCAGAUGAUGCGCAUCUCAGGACUGCAUUCGGGGAAAUUCUUAUCAGCAAGUCUACCGAUGAGAUUCCAGAAUUGAAUGCUACAUCGGAUGAUGAGGACUCUGAAAACACGUCUGUCGUAGUUCAAAAGCCACGCUGGCAUGGUUAUGGAAUCGACGUCAGCGGUAAGUGGAUUACUUGGAACGGUGCUAAUAUCAUAUCAUUACCGCUGGAUGUCAACCCUUCGUCCAAUAUGGAUUCACCCCGCUGGUUUGACGACGAUAAGCGAUAUCGAGUGGCUGCUGGCGAGUUUCUUGUCGCGUGGGUCAGUCCCGCUGGCGAGCUCUAUACCAUAGGCUUCUCCAGAGAUGUUCAGCCUUUUGACCAAGUCUGA